AUGGCCAAGGUGAUCACUAGAAUGCAUACAGCAGAUGCCGUGACCACUACACAAGAUAACUACUAUACGGUGACGUCCACCAUUCCAAUCGUUGAGAUCCUUAUUUCCAACGGUGUCACGUACACCAAAACUCUUUUAACCGUUGCUUCCGGAAGCGAGAUCAACGCUGUCCAGCCAACCACCACCGUGGUUGCCAAGGACCCAGCUACGGUUGCCAGCCAGACUAGUGACUCAGUGCCCAUUGUGACACAGAGCAGCAAUCCAGUGCCGAUCGACACCAGCAUAUCUAGCACUUCUACGAGUACGAGCCAGGAUUCGCCUGUCUCUGUGUCCACGACCCCUGUGCCAUCUAGCAGCUCGCCGGCCGCAGCUACCACCGAAGCUACCACGGAGGCAACCAGCACUACUAGCUCUGACGACCUCGAUCUUGUUGGAUCUGUCAACGUCGAAAACACAUCCACUAGUACAAGUUUGACUAGCCCGUCUAGCUCGACUAGUUCCAGCUCCUCAGUGGCCACCACAGAGACCUCUUCCACGAGUGAAGCUUCUUCUUCCACCAAGCAGACGCCGCCAUCCUCGACCGAAGCUCCUAGCUCAACGAUUACCUCAUCGUCUUCGUCGUCUACAACAUCUUCGUCCUCGACGUCGGAGCCAGCUAGCUCUACAGCAAGCUCAACGACCUCCUCUGCUGCGUCUUCCACCUCUUCGUCGUCUGCAGUUUCGACCGUCAUUCCUUCUGCCAUUGUGUAUUCUCCAUAUACGGACUCAGGAUCCUGCAAAGAUUAUGAUACCGUCGAGAGCGACCUGUCCCUGAUCCAGUCCAAGGGAAUCGGCGAAGUCAGAAUCUACGGAAACGAUUGCAACUACCUCACUACGGUGCUCCCAAUCUGCGCAAAAAAAGGAAUCAAAGUCGACCAAGGAUUCUACAUCAGCUCUGCCGGAGUGGACUCCAUUGACGAUGCUGUUACUGAGUUGAUCAAGGCCGUUCAGGACCCCUCUUCUGGAUUUGACUGGGACCUCUUCUCCUUCUUUAGCGUCGGUAACGAGGUUAUCAAUAACGGCUACGCUACGGUUGGUGAUCUGAUCAACAAAAUCAAGUCUGUUAAGUCGCAGCUGCAAAGCGGUGGAUACACAGGAAAGAUCACCACCGCAGAGCCGCCUAGCACGUAUCAGAAUAACCCUGAUCUAUGCACGAGCUCUACUAUUGACUUUGUCGGUGUGAACGCUCACGCUUAUUUUGACCAGUACAUCACUGCAGCCGACGCUGGGACUUUCCUUACCAACCAAGUUCAAGUGACCCAACAAGCUUGCCGAAACAUGGACGUCAAGGUGGUGGAGACCGGAUAUCCAAGUCAAGGAAAGCAGAACGGAGGCAACAUACCGUCUCCAGAGAACCAGAAGACAGCCAUUAAGAAGAUCCUCGAGGACUUUGGCUCCGACGUGACUAUUCUAACAACGUACAACGACUUCUGGAAGGAUCCAGGUCCUUACGGCAUCGAGCAGUAUUUCGGGGUGAUCAAUAUUCUGGAGUAA